AUGGCUACCCCAUCUUCAAUUCUGAAGAGCCAUGCACUAGAUCUUACCCCAUACGAAGACCUCUACAAAUACUUCCACGCCAACCCCGAACUCUCCCUCCAAGAAGAAGCAACAUCCAAAAAAAUCGCGUCCCAUCUCUCAAACCUCAAUUGUUAUGACAUUCACACAAACAUAGGCGGCCACGGUCUAGUCGGUGUCCUUAAAAAUGGACCUGGAAAAACAAUCCUGCUUCGCGCAGACAUAGACGCUCUCCCCGUGAAAGAACUCACCGGCCUCCCCUAUGCAAGCACCGUGAAAAUGCGCGACGCAGAUGGAGUCGAGAAACCCGUCAUGCACGCCUGCGGCCACGACAUGCAUAUAACAUGUCUCCUCGCCGCGGCAGAGACGCUGGCGAAUACACGGGCCGAAUGGAGCGGAACAGUUCUUGUCCUCUUCCAGCCGGAUGAGGAGCGUGGAGGCGGUGCGCAGGCCAUGGUUGACGAUGGACUCUACGAUAAAGUCCCGUUACCUGAUUACUGCUUCGGGCAGCAUGUCAUGCGUCUAAGAGCCGGGAGUGUGGCAUCUCGGCCUGGGACUAUCAUGGCUGCGGCGGAUAGUAUGAAGAUUACCGUGUUUGGGCGUGGAGGACAUGGAUCACUCCCGCAUCAGACUGUUGAUCCGGCGCUAUUGGCUGCGCAUAUUGUGGUCAGGUUGCAGGGGAUUGUGAGUCGGGAGGUUGAUCCGAGUGACCUGGGUGUUGUUACGGUGGGCAGUUUGCAGGCGGGGCAGACGGAAAACAUUAUUGCGGAUCGGGCGGAGAUAGGGUUGGAUUUUAGGACUGUGAAGCUGGAGACUAGGCAGAAGAUUAUUGCGGCUGUGAAGAGGAUUGUGGAGGCGGAGUGUAUGGCUAGUGGGUCGCCUAAGCCGCCGGUCUUUGUGCCUACGCGCAGGUUCCCGCCGACGGAUAAUGAUCGGGGGGUGGCGGAGAGAUUAGCGGAGGCGUUUGGGGGGCAUUUUGGGGAUUUCGAUGCUGACACGCCGAGGACGAAUGUUAGUGAGGACUUUUCGACGCUUGGAACUUGUAGGGGGAUUCCGUGUGGGUUUUGGUUUAUUGGGGGGAUUGAUGCGGAGCUUUGGGAUAGGGUGCAUGGGCAGGAGAAUUCGACUGAGGAGAUUGCGGGGAAUCACUCGGCGCUUUUUGCUCCUGUCAUUCAGCCGACGAUGAGGUCAGGGGUUGAUGCGCUUUGUCUUGCUGCCUUGACAUUUUUGAAAUAG